AUGGUUCUCAAAAGAUUCACUUGUAUAUUGAGCGAGUGGUCAAGAAUGCACCAAAUCGGAGAAGACAUUAAAGAUAUCAAGUCCCGUAUGUCAGACCUCACCAAACAGUCGGAGUCUAUGAGUGUAGGAGACAACUCAUCAAGAUUGGUAGAUGAUACCGAUAGGUCAAGAAGAACGUAUGGGCAUGAGGUUGAAAAAUAUUUUGUAGGAAUGAAGGAGGAUAUUAAACAGUUAGAAUCAGUUCUGACAACUGAUGACAAAUCAAAUGGAGUGAUUUCCAUAUGUGGCAUGGGAGGAUUGGGAAAGACCACUCUUGCUACUAAAAUUUACAAUGGGGAGGCCGUGGAGCGGCGCUUCAAAUAUCGUGCUUGGGUUUGUGUAAGUCAGCAAUUUCAACCCAAAACUACUUUCCAACGACUAUUAAAGCAACUUCUUCCAAAUGAAAGUGAAGAGCAAGACGAAGAUACAUUGAAUUGCUUAAGGCGUGCCUUUCCGAUUGCAGAGGCAGAUAGCAAAGUUUUGCUCAAAACCAGAAAUCAAAACAUUGCUUCCAGAGGAUACGUCCACAAUCUCAAGUGUUUGGGUGAAGAUGAAGGAUGGGAGCUCCUUCAAAAGAUAGCAUUCCCGAACAACUAUUCACAAGAUUUGAGUUACAGUGUGCUCCCUUGGAAUCUGAAACCAUGUUUUUUGUAUUUGGCUUGUUUUAAAGAAGAUGAAGAAAUAGAUAUAGAAAAACUAUAUUUACUAUGGAUGGCUGAAGGAAUGAUUUGUUCCGAAGAUAAGGGAAGAGGAGAAAGUUUGAGAGAUGUGGCAGAACGGUAUUUAUUCGAGCUAGCAAAUAGGUGUAUGGUUGAAGUGGAAAUAGACGAGUUGCCGCUAUAUAAUAGGUUUAAGUCAUGCCGGCUUCGUGAUAUGAUACGAGAUUUGUGUUUGCCAAUAAAAGGAAAAAAAGAAGGAUUUCUGGUCAACGAUCUUAGUUACAGGAUCUUAGUUACAGGAUUGGGGGAAAUAAGAACAUAA